GCCCUGCUCUCCGAGUACCUCACCGGCAACUCCAUCCGGUCUGCACUCAGGCGGCACUCGGACGUGGUGGGUGGUGGGUGGAGGAGUGGUGAUAGACUUGUUGUUCUACUUGGUCUUGGUAUGGAAUAUCUCCACUCCCGGGGUGUCGUACAUCUGAACCUCAAGACCGGCAACCUGCUCGUGGGCUUCUCAGAGAAGCAGCCGUCCUGCAAGGUCAGCUCGUACUACAUACCCCCAAACCCAAUGUGUGAUGUGGCCCUUGCUAGCGCAGUCAGUCUGUCUCAACCACCCCCAACCCCGAACCGCCCUGGCCCCCAGGCGGACGUGUACUCGUACGGCAUGAUCAUGUGGAGCCUGUGGACUCGUGCGGAGCCCUGGGCGGGUGCGGACAUGCGAGCCCUGCUGACCGCGGUGGUGUCCGGAGGGGCUCCGAGACCGCCUGUGCCAGGUAGAGAGCUGGCACCCGGGUGGUCGGCUCUGAUGCGCCGCUGCUGGUCCACUGACCCACGGGACCGUCCCACCUUCAAUGAGGUGCUGGAGCGAAUGAGGGUGAGGGGCUCGCAGCCGCACGAGAAUGUGUUUUUAUUGUGA